AUGACUAAGGUGACUGGGACGACUCGGGUGACUAGGAGGACUGGGAUGACUAGGAUGACUGGGAAUGCUAGGGUGAAUGGGAUGACUGGAAUGAUUAGGAUGAGAGGGAUGACUAAGGUGACUGGUAUGACUAGGGUGACUGGGAUCACUUGCAUCACUGGGAUGACUGGGAUGACUGCAUCACUGGGAUGAAUAGGAUGACUGGGAUGACUAAGAUGACCCGGAGGAAUAGGGUUACUAAGAUGACUGGAAUGACUGGGAUGACUAGGAGGACUGGGAUGACUAGGAUGACUUGGAUGACUAGGAUCACUGGAAUGAAUAAAUUAACUUGGAAGACUGAAAUGACUGGGAUGACUAGUGUGACUAAGAUGACUGGCCUGACUAGGAUGAUGAAUAAGAUGACUGGGAAUACAAAGGGGGCUAGGAUGACUAGGGUGACUGGGAUGACAAGGGUUACUAGGACUAGAAAAACUAGGAUGAUUGGGAUGAUUAGGAUGAGUGGGAUGAAUAUGGUGACUGAGAUGACUAGGGUUACCGGGAUCACUGGGAUCACUGGAAUGACUCAGAUGACUGGGUCACUGGGAUGAAUAGAAUGACUGGGAUGACUAGGAUCACGGGAAUGACUAAAUUAACUCGGAAGACUGAAAUGACUGGGAUAAACAAGAUGCCUAAGAUGACUUGGAUGAUGAAUAAGAUAACCGGGAUCACUUGAAUGACUACUAUGACUGGGAUUACCGAGAUGACUGGGACAACUGGAUGAUGACUGGGGUGACUGGAAUGACUAAGGUAACUCGGGUGACUAGGAAGACUAGAAUGCCUGGAACGACUAGGGUGACUAGGAUGACUGGGAUGACUAGGUUGACUAGAGUGACUGGGAUGACUGGGAUGACUGGGAUGACUGGGACAGCUAAGGUGACUAGGAUGACUAGGGUGACUGGAAUGACUGGGAUCAUUAGGAUGACUAGGGUGACUAGGAUGACUAGGGUAGGAUGACUAGGGUGACGAGGAUGACUGGGAUUACUAGGGUGACUGGGAUGUCUGGGAGGAAUGGGACGACUCGAGCCUUUCGGAUGACUGGGAUGACUAGGGUGACUGAGAUGACUGGGAUCACUAGAAUGACUGGGGCAACUAUGGUGACUAGGAUGACUAGGAUGACUAGGGUGACUGGGAUGACUGGGAUGACCUUGGUGACUAGGGUGACUUUGAUAACUAGUGUGAGCGGGAUGACUAGCGUGACUGAGAUGACUGAAAUCACUAGGAUGGCUGGGGCAACUAGGGUGACUAGGAUGACUAGGAUGACUGGGAUGACUCGGAUGACUAGUUUGAUGGGGAUCACUAGGAUGAGUGGGAUGACUAGGGUGACUGGGAUGACAAGAAUAACUCUGUUGAGUUGGAUGACGAGGCUGACUGCGAUAUCUACUAUGACUGGGAUGGCUAUGGUGACUGAAAUGACUAGGAUAAUUAGGGUGACUGGGAUGACUAGGGUGACUGGGAGGACUGGGGUGACUGUGAUGGAUAGGGUGACUAGGAUGACUAGGACUUUUAAAGGCUUUUUAUUUUGCUGAUGGCAAAUUUUCCAAAAUUGUUAUUGUCUCACCGGUUUUAAUACUAGCCGAACAAGGAUUUGUCAAACUGAAUAAGUGACUGUCUGUUGAUUUUUAUUCUGACUGGACAGAAUCGAUACAGAAUGGUGUGACAUAUAACUCAAUUGUUUCAUAAGACAGACCAAUGUUUGAACUGACUUGUAUGACAGUGGAGGGUCAAUUCCAGUACCAGUAUUUUGGAUUUGUUUUUUAAUGGUAUAGUUGGUGGAUUGCAUAUCUGGGCUGACUCAUAUAUUCGUCUUCUGUGAACUUGAUGGGUGCAUUUCAAAUAUCUUCUUGCUUAAACCAGCAAUUUCCCCUCAUGGAAAUAUGUCUUAGGAAUGACUGAAUACACUUCACAUUGAUGAUGUUCAGUGUAGUGCUUCUUGCUGGCUUCUAAUUAUUUCAAAGAUUACUAUAGUUCUACCACCAAUCAACUCAUAAGCCAACCUAAGACAUCGUUUGGAGCUUCAUGAGCUUCAAUGAGUAUUUUAAACUUUUGUUUUCAGAUCAGAUGCCACAGAAAGAAUGGACAAUUAGGACCUUCAUGAGCCAAGAGCCUCUGUUAUCUUCAGUAAUGUAAGUACUGUAUGUUUGUGUUUCAAUCCAGCUCUUAAGUAAACCAGAUAAACAGAACUGUUUGGUUUAAAGUUUCAAAAAGUGACUGUCUGACCAACUGACUAAUUGACUGUCCGAUUAACUGAUUAACUGAUUAAUUUGCUUAGUAUACUUCUAACUUAUCAACUAACCAUUUUGACUGACUGACUGAACAACUUAGAUACUGGCUGACUGUCUACUUGUAACCAACUGACUGGCUGAUGGAAUGACUGAUUAUUUAACUGACUGAAUGAGCAACUUACAGUACCAGAUACUAACUAACUGAGCAACUGACUGACUGACUGACUGUGCAAUUGGGUACCGGACUGGCUGACUGAAUGAGUGGUUGAGCAACUGACUGACUGUGCAGUUGAGUACCUGACUGGCUGACAGAAUGACUGAUUGAGCAACUGACUGACUGACUAUGCAGCUGGGUACCUGACUGACUGACUGGCUGUGCAGUUUCAUAUGCCUGGCUGACAGAAUGACCAAUUGAGUAACUGACUGAAUGACUGGGUAAACUGAAUAACUUACCAAGUGACCGACUAACUGAAAGUAACUGACUGACUGACUUAGGGACUGACUGGGGUCCGCAAUGCACAGUGAAUUUAAUAAAACUUUCACAAGUGUAAUUUUACACAAGUGUAUCCAUUAUUUACAGUCUGUGUUAAUCACGCUCUGAACAAAUGAACUUCUUUACUCGAUUCCAAUAGCAAGGUUUGAAUGUUAAUGGGAAAUUGGUCUGUUUGUAUGUGUAAUCAAAUGGUGAUGAGGGAAGUUAGGGAAUAAUUUCACCUGCAACUUGUCCAAAAGGCAAGUGAAAUUAUUUCCUCAUUUCAUGAGUCUACCAUUUGAUUACCUAUUAAUAUCAUGGGUGACGAAUUAAGUUCGCAACCGUGGAUUUUUGAGAUGUUUAUCCUGGAUUGUAUCAAUCAAGGAUGAGAACUCUCUCAAAAGUUUCGAGCUUAAGUUUGGCUUAAGUUCAGAAUUUUCAGAGUAUUUCGACAAAAUACGUGUCAGAAUCCUUCUUGAUGUGCUUUUUGGUGUGUUUAGGUUUCUAAAGCAUCUUUUAAUGCCCUGACAUCUCCAUUCCAUGAUAACAUUUUAAAUUUCCCUUACCAUCUUGGCACUGAGAUGUACAGAAGGUUCCCACGGCAAUUUUGUAAUUUCAUUAUAAAUUAAUGCUGAAACUUCAUGCCAGAAUUAAGGAAUAAUUCGUCACCCAUGAUAUAAUGAAAGUAACUGAUGAGCUUCAUUGAGUACUUUAAAUUUUUGUUUCCAGAUCAGAUGUCACAGAAAGGCUGGACAAGGACUUUCACGAGCAACGAGCCUCUGUUAUCUUCAGUACCGUAUGUUCUCUAUGUCUUGCUUUGUAAUCCAGCUCUUGAGUGAACCAGAUAAACAGGAUUGUUGGCCAGUUGAUUUCAAAGUUUGAUUAAGCUAAUCCAGGGAAAGCUGUUGUAACAGAGAUAUAUUGUACCUUAUUCUUUCAUUUCACUGUUAUUUCACCAUCAAGUGUACCACUUCUACUUUUUCCAAUAAAACAACAACAAUAAUAAAAACUAAAAAGACGUGCAAAAUAAAAUGCAACAUAAAAUAGCAAAAUUCCAAAACAAAAUUAAAUCAAGUACAGUUAUACAGCUUGGUUAAUAUUACUAUGGUGAAAAUAAAAAUUGAACCCAGGAUCAUCAAUUAUUAUUAUUAGUGAGAAAGUUGAUUAUGAUCAUCCAAUUGAGUGUAGUUCUGAACAGCUACAGCUGUUGGUGAUUCAGUGACUGGCAUGUCAAAAGUGUAUAAAGGGAAUCAACAGGGUCAAACAAAUGUUUAUUAUUGACUUCUGCAUAAAAUAAUUCGUUCUUCAAGACCAAAGAAAUAAAACCAUUAUUUUUAAGGGAUGCAUUCAGCAUUUCUGUUGAACUUUGUAUGAAUUAGACAUUUUAUGUUAAACAAAUGCUUGCAAUCGCCAAUUUUAUGUCUGCAGGAAAUCACAACACAAAGUCCGCUGAAACACAUUGAAAUCUUUUUGGUUUCAAGAACAAAAAUAGUUUGAUUGAUUUGAUUGAAAAUUCCAAGAGACAUGCACUUGUUGGUGAAGUACUCAUGAUCAGAAAAUUUAAAUGCCGAAACCUUGGUCUUUAUAAGUUUUCUCCUGGAUUAGAAUUUAUCGGCUUUGUUCAACUGUGUCACAACGUUUAAACCAAUAGCCAAGUUCUGCUGAUAUAAUAGUAAUAAUAAUAAUAAUAAUAGGUAUUAUUAUUAUUAUUAUAAGGUUGUUAUUGUAGUACAGUACCUGUUAGUACAGAUAUGCAAUCCUUAUUGUACCCUUCAAAUUUCUUACCAUGUUGAUCUAUUCAAAUAACUGUUUGACUUAAUAAUUGAAUGGGAUGACUGUGAUGACAAGGAUAACUAGCAUGACUACUAUAACUGGAAUGACUGGAAUUACUGGGAUGAUUAAGAUGACUGGGAUGACUAGGAUGACUACUAUGAAUGGGAUGACAAAGAUGACUGGGAUGACUAGGGUGACUCAGAUGACUAGGAUGACUGGGAUGGGAUGACUGGGAUGACCGAUAUCACUAGGACGACUGGGAUGACUGGGAUUGGGAUGAUAAGGAUUACUGGGAUGACUGAGAUGACUGGAAUGACUAGAAUGACUAGUAUCACUGGGGUGACUAAAUUAACUAUGGUAACUGAAAUGACUAUCAUGCCUAGGAUGAAUAAGAUGACUUAG